AUGGGUUGGAUUCCCUGUUCUGGUUAUUCAGGCACUAAGAACAAGAUUGAGAAGAUGGAGGUUCAGGACAGUCUCGUUGGUCAGAUCAAAGCCACCCCAGGAAAGUUGAAGAGGAAUUCAUCCACAAAUUCCAAAGAUACAUCUAAAAAUGGGAACCCUGAUCACAUUGCAGCACAGACAUUCUCAUUCCGUGAGUUGGCAACUGCAACCAGAAAUUUUAGAGCUGAAUGUCUUUUGGGAGAGGGAGGCUUUGGUAGAGUAUACAAAGGGCGUCUGGAGAGUAUUAAUCAGAUUGUCGCGAUUAAGCAACUUGACCGAAAUGGACUGCAAGGAAAUAGGGAAUUCCUUGUUGAAGUGUUGAUGUUAAGUCUGCUUCAUCAUCCUAACCUUGUCAACCUUCUUGGUUAUUGUGCUGAUGGAGAUCAAAGGCUUCUAGUUUAUGAAUACAUGCCGUUAGGAUCCUUGGAAGACCACUUGCACGACAUUCCUCUUGGCAAGAAACGACUAGAGUGGAACACACGAAUGAGAAUAGCUGCUGGUGCAGCAAAAGGAUUGGAAUAUCUACAUGACAAAGCUAACCCUCCUGUCAUCUACCGCGAUUUGAAGUGCUCUAACAUUUUGCUUGGUGAAGGGUAUCACCCAAAGUUAUCUGAUUUUGGUUUGGCUAAGCUUGGCCCAGUUGGGGAAAACACACAUGUAUCAACAAGAGUUAUGGGCACUUAUGGAUAUUGUGCUCCAGAGUAUGCCAUGACUGGUCAACUGACUCUGAAAUCAGAUGUUUAUAGCUUUGGUGUAGUUCUUCUAGAAAUAAUUACCGGAAGAAAAGCAAUUGACAAUUCAAAAUCGGCAGGAGAGCAGAAUCUUGUUGCAUGGGCUAGACCCUUGUUUAGGGAUCGAAGAAAGUUUUCACAAAUGGCUGAUCCAACACUCCAAGGUCAAUAUCCUCCAAGAGGACUGUACCAGGCCCUUGCUGUUGCAGCAAUGUGUGUUCAGGAGCAGGCUAACUUGCGUCCAGUUAUAGCUGAUGUUGUGACAGCUUUGUCUUACCUUGCUUCACAAAAAUAUGAUCCCAACACACACACAGUCCAAAACUCUCGCCUUGCUCCCGGUACUCCUCCUAGAACCAGGAGGGGGCUAUGA